AUGACGGACUGGCUUUCGCCAUUGACACUGGCAGAAAUCAUUGCAAUCUGCAAAGAGUAUCAGAUCUACGUGUCAGAUGCAGCUCGAAGGAAGUGCAAGAAGAUGAAUGCAGCUUUGCCAAAUAAGAGAAAAUCAGACUCACCAGUUCAAGGACCAAGGAAGAAAAUGAAGAACUCUGGACCAAGUGCCAGCAUCAACGGUGAUGAUACCAUGGACAAGUCAGAUGAAAUAACACUCCCCUCCAUAGUCAACGAUAAUCACAUCACUACCUCUCCUGAGUUCCUCCAUAUACCACCCAGAAUGAGCUUCGAGAUUGCCAAGCAGAGUUCCUACAAGCUAUCUCGCCGUCAGCAGUUCAAGAGGCUGUUUGCGCUUGUGGUCAAUGUCAGGAAUAUUCCAAAUGCGGGCCGUUUACAACCAGCAGAUCAGGACAGACAUCCCGCUCAGGUCCUUAUUGCUGGCAUGCUACUAGAGGAGAAGGGAGUCAUUGAGGUCAAAGGGAAAUGUAGUGGAGCCCGGGAUGAUCCCACAUGCUUACAGUCAGGCUUGCAUGGAAAUGUGACAAGUUACCCUAUGAACACCGACGAAAUUUUCAGUAUGCUCCAAGGACACAUGUUGCCACAGCCGAUGGAGAUACUUCCCUCGAUUAUAUCAGUAACGGUAGUGUUGGAGGUGCUUGAAUGGUUGAUUGAGCAUAAUAAAUGCUUCUCCGAGUAUACAGUAGACCAAGCAGUAAUGGCGUCUUUACCCGAAGACGAUGUGCCUCUUGAGAUAUUGGCUAGCAUGCGUCAAGAGACAAGUUCCCAUAUUCUGCUUCGGGAGCAUGACUCCUAUGUGCCCGGUGAUUUCAGUGAUGACUAUGGCAACGUUAGUGAGGGGGCUGAACCACCUAACAAGCAGUAUGAUGAAGGGGAUGUUGUUCCGUUACAGUAUAUUGGCAGUAGCCAAACCGAGCUCACAGCAGUAUCCACAUCCGAUCUACUUGAAGAGGGACUCACCAACCUGUCCAAAGAAUCCCAGACAGAGCAGCCAUACGCUGUUUGA